AGUGGGAGGAGCAGACAGAGAUAGAGAAUGGAAGCACGAUAUGUUUGAGAAAAUGAAAGAGGAUGAACAGAAACCAUCUAGCACCACAGAGAACCCAGUGUCAUCACAAUCAUAGGUGGCAUUGCUGCACAUGACAAGACCAACAAACAAUCUGCAGGUGUGGUCCACCACAAUAUUGGCUAACUUAGGCUGAUAACAGUCACCUCUUUCCCGAAAGCAUUUUUCGUAGGUUUUGCUUAUAAUACAGUUGUAGAGGGCACUAUACUGCAUGAGGAAAUGAUCACAUUGUUGCAUGGAUAUUUGGAGAGAAAAAUGGAGAAAAUUAUUUGUGUUGUGAAGUGAAUUUCGUAAGGUAUAAUAAAUAUCAGAUGUAGAUGGAACUGCCAUGCAAGAUGAGAUGGACUGGUAACUGUGUGCUCAUUCAAGAUGGAAAAAAGUCAGCUCUGAAAGUAUGGGAAAAGUGAUCAAAUUUUAUGUUGUUUGUUUGUGGCUAUUUACAAACAAAACAUGGCAAAUAACCAAAUAUUUGGAUAUUCACAGGUGAUGUUUCAACAUUGUCCUGAAUAUUUUAUUUUUGCUUCUUAUAAAAAGUUGUCUGUCUUCUUGGUAAAUUUUUUUAUUAACCGAGGAGUGCAAAGAUAUUGUGCAGUUAGCCAAAAUGAUUUUUUUCGUUUAGAAUAUGAAGCAUAUUUGUCAGACAUAUGUGUCCCAUUUGUCGAUAUAAUAUUAUGGCAAAUAAAAAGAAUAGAAGAUCAGUUGUGUAAGUUUUAUUUGGAGUUAAAGAUGUACUUUCGUCAUUGCAAUUACAUAAUUGGAAUCUGUUAAGUAGCUUUUUAAGGUUUUAAUCACCUUGAUGUCACUAUGUCAGAAAAAUGGGGCUCAUUUUUUUUCAAGUGACUGAAAUGUGACCCUGUCAAAGUUAAUUUUUAAUUAACAGAAGAUUUAUCUCAGAAUCUUUUAGUCAACAUUUUCCCAUAAAUAACACUUGUCAUCUUUCAAAUAAAAUAAUAAAAUACAAACAUCCACACAUUUUGUAUUGUACAAAAAUAGUUUAUUAUAAAUAUUGACAUUUUUUUGUCUAUCCAGUAUGGUUGUACAGCUAUAUACAAUAGUUUGUCAUGUUUGAGGUAUGUACAAAAGUAUAGAGAGAACCCAUUACAUCAACAACAAUCUUUGUGGGUAUGGUGUUGCAAUUUGUAUAAAACUUAACAAUGGACGUUUGAGAUUUCAUAAAUAAAUAAGCGGCUAAAUAUUUCAAUAGAGAGGCAUAUAUGUGGCAUCAC